AUGCUUCGCAGUUCGAGCUGUCUCCUUCGUGCAACUCCAGUCACUCAUCCCCACCCGUUGCUUUCACGCAGCAUUACUUCCGUCACUGCAAGAUCAAGUUUUAUUACAAAGGCUACCGAGAAGGAUCCCUACCACUAUCAGGUUGGAUUUGGUAACCGGUUCGCGAGUGAGGCUAUACCGGGUGUACUUCCUGAUGGGCAAAAUAUGCCCCAGAAGAACAAAUACGAUCUUUAUACUGAAGCAAUCACGGGCUCGUCAUUUGUGGCACCUCGCAAGGAUAAUUUGAGCGCCUGGCUGUACAGGAUUAGACCCGCCGUAGCCCACCAGGGGUUCGCACCACUCCCCGAUAACCCAGAUCUGGAAUCCAACUUCUUGCCUCUUAAUCCUAAGGUGCAAUUUAGCCCAACGCAACUGGCGUGGCGUCCAUUUUCGCUCCCUUCAUCUGGCUCCAAAGUCGAUUUUCUCAAUGGUCUAAAAACACUUGCCGGGUCUGGGGAGCCGACGCUCAACGAGGGUCUUGCCAUCCAUAUCUAUACCGCCAAUUCAUCCAUGGAGAACCGAGCAGUGGUUAAUGCCGACGGUGAUAUGCUCAUUGUUCCUCAACUGGGACGGUUGGAUAUCCAAACUGAGUUUGGAAAGAUGAUGGUUCGUCCAGGGGAGAUAUGCGUUAUCCAAAAGGGGAUUCGGUUCAAGGUCGGCUUGCCUGAUGGCGAUUCUAGAGGAUACAUUCAAGAAAUUUUCGGCUCACGCUUCGAGCUGCCAGAACUCGGCCCUCUCGGAGGGCAUGGUCUCGCUAAUGCCCGUGACUUCGAGUUCCCUAUCGCGAGCUUCGAUAUCGAUCAGUCUCAUUGGGAAAUUGUUUAUAAACUUGGUGGAAAGCUAUGGUCUUGCAAACAAAACCAUACACCUUUUGACGUGGUGGCCUAUCAUGGAAACUACAUUCCGUACAAAUACGCCCUGGAGAAGUUUGUCAACGUGGGCUCGAUUUCCAAAGACCAUAUUGAUCCUUCUAUUUUUUGUGUUUUGACCGCGAGGUCCAAGAAUCCUAGCGCGCCCCUCACCGACUUCCUGAUCUUCAGCCCUCGUUGGGACGUGGCAAGCAACACAUAUCGGCCUCCUUACUAUCACCGCAACGCAUCCUCUGAAUUUAUGGGCUUGAUUUAUGGCAACUAUGGGGGUCGAAGCGACGACUUUGCCCCUGGAGGCGCAAGUUAUGAAUGUGGUCACGUCGCUCAUGGAGUCUCUUACGAAGUGUUCAAAGAAGCUACAGAAGCAGACCUUCAACCUGUGCGGAUUAGCGAAGGAACAGUCGCAUUCAUGAUGGAAUCGAGUUUGAUGUUUACAUUAACCGAUUAUGCGAUAAAGAGGAGCGGGAAGUUACAUGUACACAACCCGAGCAUGUGGGAUAACCUGGAUGCACAGUUCCUUAAGCAUCUGAACUCUGUGGAUCAGAAUCUGAAAAGCCAUGGACUUCCUGGGCUUAAGAAGGAGUGA